AUGUCCCAAUCCGGGCAGGCCCCGCCAAGCCUCCCCCACCUCCGUCCCGGGGACGUCGGAACCGAUAGCUUAGUUCGUGGUGGCUGGCGGUCUUACUCAGUUUGUUGUGUUGGUGCUGCCGCCGCGCCAAAGCGAACCGAGGGCGAGGCGUGGAAGUGGCUUGAUAUCCGAAUCACCGAGGCCGAUGCCCAGAGCGGAAAAUUCAAGACGUUAUGGACGGAUCGUGUCGUUGUCUGUUCUGUUGUCGUGAAACAGGAGAAGGACGGAGGGUUCGUGUUGUGCCGGUGA